CCGCCCUACUACGGCUUCUCCAUCGGCAUCACCUUCUACAACAAGUGGCUCAUGAAGAGCUUCCCCUUCCCGCUGCUCGUCACCCUGCUGCACCUCCUCCUCACCUUCGGCCUCUCGGCGCUGGUCCGCGCCGUGGCGCACUGCCGCUCCGGGCGGCCGCGGGCCGCGCUCAACUGGGCUGACUGCCUGCACCGGGCGGCCCCCGCAGCUCUGUUGACUUCCUUGGAUAUUGGGCUGAGUAACUGGAGCUUCCUCUAUGUCACUGUCUCCCUCUACACCAUGACCAAAUCCUCUGCCAUUCUCUUCAUUCUGCUUUUUUCACUGCUCUUCAAGCUGGAGGAAGCGAGGCUGACAUUGCUGCUGGUGGUUCUGCUCAUCGCUGCAGGGCUCUUCAUGUUCACCUACAAGUCCACACAGUUCAGCACUCAGGGCUUUGUGCUGGUGCUGUGUGCCUCAUUCCUUGGGGGCAUUCGCUGGACUCUCACGCAGUUACUCAUGCAGAAGGCUGAGCUGGGGCUCCAGAACCCCAUUGAUACCAUGUUCCACCUGCAGCCGCUCAUGGUCCUGGGGCUCUUCCCACUCUUUGUGGUGUUUGAGGGCCUGCCUUUGUCCAUAUCAGAGAAGCUCUUCCAUUUCCAUGAAGCAGGAAUGCUGCUCUCUCUGGUAGGGAAGCUGUUCUUGGGUGGAAUUCUUGCCUUUGGUCUAAGCUUUUCUGAGUUCCUCUUGGUUUCCAGAACAUCUAGCCUCACCUUUUCCAUUGCUGGCGUGUUUAAGGUAAGGCAUGCUUCCUGGCCUAACACUAGAAGGCAAGUACUGAGUCUUCUCUGAAAUGGGCUUUGUGUGGUGGGAGCUUGCUUAGAGCCAGUUAUUGCUGUUCUCCUUGCACAGGAGCUUGAUGCUUUGCCUUGCAGUCUCUGCAGUGAAGUCCCUUGGUCCCUGACAGCAUGGGGCAGAGACCAGGGACUGUUCUAUAAAAGGAUACCAUCAUGGUGCCAGGUUUGGUGGGAUUUGGGAUAGGCCAAGACACGUGGGCCUCACGAGCCAUGGAUGGUGCAGGAGAGAGCAGGGGUAAGAAGGGUGUGCUCUUGCAUCAGAGCUAGAUGUGAACAAAAAAAGUGGUUUGAGCUCUCUCUUGAACCAAGUUCAACACAUUUUCUCCUCCUUUAACAAACCCAGCAUGUGUACUCUUUGAGCUAAAUGGUGACCUGUGAAACUUGUCUGCUCAGGAGUCACAGGAUUCCCAUCUAGCUCAGUCAGAGGAUGUAGAAUCCCACAUCUCAGUUUAACAGGUUGUGUUGUUUCUGGAAGCUGGUUUUGGAAUUCUCUGUGCUUGGAGGAAUUUGCUGAUGGAAAUUAGCAGCCUGGCAUCUUGCUCUGGGCUUGAGCUGUAAAACAUCUCAUGCAUAUCUCCUGAGGUCCUGCCCUCCCACCUGUCAUGUGUUUUGUUUCCACAGGAAAUCUGCAUUCUAUUUCUGGCCACACACUUGCUGGGAGACCGCCUCAGCCCUCUCAACUGGCUGGGCUUUGCUGUCUGUCUGUCAGGAAUCUCCCUUCACCUUCUUCU